CGGGGCCAUAUAAAAGGCGGCGUUGGGGCGGCAGCGGCGGCAGCAGCGGCGGCGGCAGGAUGACGGCGAACGGGACGGCGGAGCCGGUGCAGAUCCAGUUCGGGCUGAUCAACUGCAGCAACAAGUACCUGACGGCCGAGGCCUUCGGCUUCAAGGUGAACGCCUCGGCCGCCAGCAUGAAGAAGAAGCAGAUCUGGACGCUGGAGCAGGACGGCGAGGACUCCAGCGCCGUGCUCCUCAAGAGCCACCUGGGCCGCUACCUGGCGGCCGACAAGGACGGCCGGGUGAGCUGCGACAGCGAGGAGCCGGGCCCCGACUGCCGCUUCCUCGUGGUGGCCCACGGCGACGGGCGCUGGUCGCUGCAGUCCGAGCCGCACCGCCGCUUCUUCGGCGGCACCGAGGACCGCCUGUCGUGCUUCGCCCCCGCCGUCUCGGCGGCCGAGAAGUGGAGCGUGCACCUGGCCAUGCACCCGCAGGCCAACCUCUACAGCCUGGCCCGCAAGCGCUACGCCCACCUGGGGCCUCGCCGCGACGAGCUGGCCGUGGACCGCGACGUGCCGUGGGGCGUGGACGCGCUCAUCACCCUGCUCUUCGUGGAGCAGCGCUACAGCCUGCAGAGCUGCGACCACCGCCUGCUGCGCUGCGACGGCCGCCUCGUCCCCGCCGCCGAGCCCGGCACCGCCUUCACGCUGGAGUUCCGCUGCGGGAAGGUGGCUUUCCGCGACGGCGAGGGACGCUACCUCGCCCCGUCGGGGCCCAGCGGCACCCUGAAGGCGGGCAAGAGCAGCAAGGUGGGGAAGGACGAGCUCUUCGCCCUGGAGCAGAGCUGCCCGCAGGUCGUGCUGCGCGCCGGGAACGACCGCAACGUCUCCACCCGGCAAGGGAUGGACCUCUCGGCCAACCAAGACGAGGAGGGCGACCAGGAGACCUACCAGCUGGAGAUCAACAAGGACACCAAGAAAUGCGCCUUCAGGACCUACACGGGCAAGUACUGGACCCUCACCUCCAACGGGGGCAUCCAGUCCACCGCCUCCACAAAGAACGCGAGCUGCUAUUUCGACAUCGAGUGGUGCGACAAGCGCAUCACCCUGAAAGCCGCCAACGGCAAGUACGUGACGGCCAAGAAAAACGGGCAGCUGGCGGCCUCCAUGGAGACAGCGGGCGAGACGGAGCACUUCGUGAUGAAGCUGAUCAACAGGCCCAUCAUCGUCCUGCGUGGCGAGCACGGCUUCAUCGGCUGCCGGAAGGUGACCGGCACCCUGGACUCCAACCGCUCCUCCUACGACGUCUUCCAGCUGGAGUUCAACGAUGGAGCCUACAACAUCAAAGAUGCCACCGGGAAGUACUGGAUGGUGGGGAGCGAGUCGUCCGUCACCAGCAGCAGCGACACGCCCGUGGACUUCUUUUUUGAGUUCUGCGACUAUAACAAAGUGGCCAUCAAAAUCAAUGGCAAAUACCUGAAGGGCGACCAUGCCGGGGUCCUCAAGGCAUCCGCCGACGCCAUUGACGCCUCCACCCUCUGGGAAUAUUAAUGCACUUUAGCGUACCUCCCAUUGCCAACUUUCCUUUCCCCUGUCUUUUUUUCUUUUUCUUUUUUUUUCUUUUUUGGUUCAGUUUUGUUUUGUUUUGAAUUUCUCCUCUCUGUAAAAGGAUUUUCAGACUGGCUUGCCCUCCCCUCCCGCCGUAGAGCCCAGCGCCUUGUGUCGGAGGUGGGUCCCCCCCCUUCAUCCCCGUGAGAACUGGAUAAGUCACCCGGCAGCGCGCGGUGCUGCCGCCUGCACCUGGAGGGCUGCCGAGGACCCUUCCUUGCCCCGGCCUCGCUCAGCUCGGAGGCUGCCGUACCCCGUCCCGGCCCCGAGCAUCACCUCAGUAGUUUACUUUCCUCUCUGCAAC